GCUCCGUUUGGUAAACAGAAGCGAAGAAAAGCGGAUAUUUAGGACAGAUUUGUCGUUACUAACAAUGACUGAAAAUUCGCUAAAGCAAUGAAAGUCUACAGAAAAGGCUGUUUUUGUAUUUUUUAUAUUUUAUUGUGUUUAUGUUUUGGAGUUUUAUCGUUAACAGUGAGUUUAAACGGUAAAUGGAGUCUGUCAAACUCCAAUGGUUCACUGUCACUGCCUGCUGAGGUCCCAGGAUGUGUUCAUACAGCUCUACAGAACCAGGGAUUCAUCCAGGACCCGUAUUUCAGGUUUAAUGACCUGUCCUAUCGAUGGAUUGCCCUCGACAAUUGGACAUAUACGACAACUUUUACUCUCUCUGAUGAUCUGAGAUCCAAGCAGAAGGUGCAGCUUGUCUUUGACGGCGUCGACACUGUAGCAUCGAUUUUUCUCAAUGGAGUCUCUGUCGGGGAGACAGACAACAUGUUCUGCAGAUAUGAGUUCUCAGUCAGAAACCUGCUGAAUGACGAAGACAAUGUGCUGAAAGUCGGCCUGUCGUCUCCGGCUCUUUACGCGUCUGAGCGGAGGAAAGCUCAUUCAGCGUACAGCGUUCCUCCUGAGUGUCCUCCAGACGUCCAGAAAGGAGAAUGUCACGUCAACUUCAUCAGAAAAGAGCAGAGCUCGUUCAGCUGGGACUGGGGUCCCUCGUUCCCGACGAUGGGACUGUGGAAGGAAGUUCGACUGGAGGCAUUCGAUGUCCUGCAGCUCAUCCAGGUCUCAUCUGUUCCUCUUUACAACCCUGUUCUCUCUCAGUGGACUGUCCUGGUUGAGCUUCUUGUGGAUUCACUUCAGACAUUAAAAGGUCAGGUCACACUCUCCAUACCAGAGCUGGACUUAAAGGAGACCCUCAGCAUGCAGUUUCUAUCAGGAAAGACCAAAAACAGCUUCACCUUACCUGUAAAUACGAGCAGGGAAGUGAAGCUGUGGUGGCCCAAUGGACACGGUGACCAACCCUUCUACCAUCUCACCAUCAGAGGCUUCCAGGAUGGAUUUCUGAUCUUGAAUACAGAGUCUAAGGUGUAUUUUCGCACAGUAGAACUCGUCCAGGAGCCGAUCGUUGGGUCUCCAGGUUUGAGCUUUUAUUUCCGCAUCAAUGGGAAACCAAUUUUCCUCAAAGGCUCCAACUGGAUCCCGGCCCACUCCUUCCAGGACCGUGUCACCCCCGCUGUUUUGAGAAACUUGUUGCAGUCGGCCGUCGAUGCGAACAUGAACGCUCUCAGAGUCUGGGGAGGAGGCGUGUACGAACAGGAUCUCUUCUACAGCAUCUGUGACGAGCUGGGAAUCAUGGUUUGGCAGGACUUCAUGUUUGCCUGCGCCAUGUAUCCCACCGACGACGACUUCAUCCGCACUGUGAGAGAGGAGGUCAUCCAACAGGUCCAGCGUCUAAAAUCUCACCCCUCUAUUAUCAUCUGGAGUGGAAACAAUGAAAACGAAGCAGCUCUGGCGACAGGCUGGUUCAACAUCACCUUUUCCCAGAAGCCGAUGUACCUGAAGGACUACGUGAUGCUGUACGUGAACAACAUCAGAGCGAUAGUACAAGAGGAGGAUCAGAGUCGUCCGUUCCUCGUCUCCAGUCCCACAAACGGGGCAGAAUCAGAGCAGGAGGGCUGGGUGGCAGAGAAUCCCUACGACCCCCACUACGGAGACACACAUUUCUACAACUAUGAGGACGACUGCUGGGAUUGGAGGAAUUUCCCUCGAACACGAUUCGCCUCCGAGUACGGCUUCCAGUCCUGGCCAUCUUUCUCCACCCUGCAGCCAGUGUCUGCUAAAGAGGACUGGAGCUACAGCAGUGAUUUCUCCUCCCAUCGUCAGCACCACAAGGACGGCACCCAGCAGAUGUUACUGCAGGCUGCUUUACACUACAACUUGCCCAACUCCACAGAUGCUCUGAAAAGAUACACAGACACUCUCUACAUCACUCAGGUCAUGCAGGCUCAGUGUGUUAAGACCCAGACCGAGUUUUACCGGAGGAGUCAGAGUGAGAUCAUCAAAGGGAAAGGCCACACGAUGGGCGCCCUCUACUGGCAGCUUAAUGAAAUUUGGCAGGCUCCUUCCUGGUCAUCUAUCGAGUUUGGUGGAAAGUGGAAAAUGCUGCACUAUUUUGCCCAGGACUUCUUCGCCAACAUCCUUCCUGUGGGCUUCGAGGACGGUGACACGCUGUUCAUCUACGCCGUCUCAGACCUGAGAGAAGACCUGAAGCUCAGAGCUGUGGUGACGGUGUACUCAUGGACUGAUUUUGAUCCAGUUUGCAUCCUGAAGUCAGAUCUGCUCCUUGUUCCCGGCAGCAGUGCUGCAGUUAUUUUUAAACAGUCAGUCGCCACCCUGCUGGCAGGAUGUGGACACUGCAGCCGCCUCACCUGCCUGCUCACCUUUCACUUGGAGGACAGCAGCGGGGGGCAGAGAGGUCCAACCAACCACCACUUCCUGUCCUCACCUAAAGACGCUCGGGGUCUCCAGAGACCAAACAUCACUGCCACAGUUCAGGAGGAUGAAUCAGGAGGAUUCUCUGUGACUCUUCACUCUGACUCAGUGGCUCCCUUCGUCUGGCUUGAUGUGGAUAACGUCCCGGGACGCUUCAGCUCUAACGGCUUCCUGAUGGUCACCAGAAACAGGACGGUCAGUUUUAAUGCCUGGCGUCCCACCGGCAUCUCAGAACUCUCAGAAACCCUCAGCAUCACCUCUUUAAGAGACGUUUACUGACCUGAGAGCUGCAGGGCUUCAUGUUCUGUCACAAUCAGAGGGUCAAAGUGAAGCUGUCUUUGCUGUGUAGCUUUAUAAUGAGAGAAAAUCAUUUGUAUGCUAUGCUUCUGUUUUAAAGGAGAGACUAGAUUCUGUUUCAGCUGCUGAGGCAGAUAUUCCCCUUCAUGUUUUGUUGCCAAAUGAAGGAGGAAGUUUCUAGGAAAAGCUCAGAGCAGAAAAGCCUCAGACAACAGUCAGACCCUUGUGAGAAACUAAACUCUACAGGGAGAGUUUCUGCUAAUUCAAUAAUACACAAGACACUUUUACAUUUGAAAAAAAAAAACAGUGAGGAAAAACAUCCAACACAGACUCUUUAACUGCAGACUUUACUGACUAGAGGAAGCCAUUUCUUAAAUGAAGUUAACAGUGAACAGCUGAUUUAUAACCAGACUGUACGCUAAGAUCUGACUUGGCAUUCCUAUGUAUUCAAUGCACUAAACACUCAUCAGUUCUUCUUUCCACAUCAAGAAUAAACAAAACUUACAUUUUGGAAUUAUAUUUCAUGCAUUACUGUUUAAGAUCUCGUACAUAUAAUUUGAAAUAUGCACUUUUAUAAAGUUUAACUUGGAUAACUUUUGUUGUGAGUUGUACAUGUUUGAAAGAGAUUUGUAUUAAAAAGGACAUUUUAUAAAUUUAAUUUAUCAUGGACAUAUUCAAGACUAGACAAGCUAAACAGAGCAGUAAGAUGGAAAUUAAAUGAAAGGUUCUAUUGUGAAGCCAUGCUGUUGUGACGGAUGUGGUAUGUGGUUUAGGAUAGUUUUGCUGAAAUAGUCAAGGCCUUCCCUUAAGGAGACAUCUGGAUGGGAGCAUAUGUUGCUCUUAAUCCUCUCUCUACUUUCCAGCAUUGAUAGUUCCUUUCCAGAUGUGUAAGCAGCCCACGCCAUAGGCACUAAUGCAACCUCAUACCAUCAGAUCAAGAUGCAAGGUCCCUCCCAUCUUGAGUCAAGAGGGACCCUAAUCUUUCCAAAAAGGUUUUAAAAGUUUGAUUCAUGUGACCACAGAACAGUUUUCCAUUUUGCCUCAGUCCAUUUUAAAUGAGCUUUGGCGGCAUUUCUGGAUCCUGUUCACAUCUUUUUAAUUGCACGGUACAACUUUAACUUGCAUUAGUGGAUGGCACAAUGCAGUGAUUUCCAGUACAGAAUCAUGUCUGUUUUUAAGGCAGCAUCCAAUACUGACCUUCAGCCUUGUCCCUUAUGCAGAGAUCUCUCCAACUUCUCUGAAUCUUUUAAAAUUAUGGAAUACAGGUGGUGGGAUAUUUACAGGCUUUGCAAUUUUCCACAGUGUUCCACAUUUUUUAAGUUUUCUCAGAUUAGUGAACCUCUGUCCAUCUUUACUUCUGAGAGACUCUGCCUCUCUAAAAUGCUCCUUUUAUACCCAGUCAUACUGACCUGUUCCCAG